AUAAAUAUUGUUAUUAUGUGUGAGCAAACAUCUUGUGAUUACGCUAUUUUCAAUCUUAAGAAACACAUUUUCAAGAUACUCGCGUAAUUUAAACAAUAACAAAUGUAAGAAUUGUUGAAUAUUUUUUCAAAAUAUUUUUAAAAUUUCAUUUGGAUGUGACUGUGUUAUUUAAUUUAAAAUUUAAUGUAGGAAUAAGGCCGAAUCUUGUGCAAUAAAUUAAAAUUGUCAACACUACUCACUACUGACACUACUACUCACUACUUCACUACUCUCUCAGACUCUAUACUCUAUAGUGUCUAUAGACACUAUAGUCUACUGACUUAAAAUUAAAAGUUAUUAUUAGGCUUAGGCUUAGGGCUAUUUAAUUAUUAUUAACUUAAUUGGCUCACUUAAUUAAUAAAAUAAGUCAGAAUGAGUAAUCAUUUUUAAUGCCAAUGACAAUGUCAUUAAUGACGUGACGUUACUUUUUCAAGUCAAGUGGACUUAAAUAAAUUUAGAAUAAAAAAUUAACAACUUAACUUAUUACGUAUUAUUUAGUUUUAGGAUAGUAAUUGUCUGCAUUUACCCAUGAAUCUAAAUUUAAAUUUAAAACUUAAAUUUAAAAUAAAAAUUAAUAGCCUUAUACUUAUUUUAUUAGGCCUACUUAUUCUUUAGUUUAGGAUAGUAAUAAUUAAUACUACUAAUAAUAAUUAGACAAGUAGAAAUAGUCCUACUAAUACUUGUUACCUAUACUACUUUAGUUCUAUGUCUCUUGGCUGUUGUGGGUUGUUUUUUUUAAGUUUAAGUUUAAGAGCCAAAAUUUCAGUUCAUAAAUUUCAGGGGCAAUUAUCAACCUACAAUUACAAUGACAAUGAAUAAAGAAUAAAGAGUUUGACUUUUACCCACUUGAGACUUCGACUUCUUACCUUCUUUACUAUGAAACUUAAAACUUGUCAUAGUUUCAAUUUUUGUCUCCCCUUUUUUAUUAAAUUUAAAUUACUAUUCUAGUAACUAGACUAUGGUAUAAUUAAAUUAAAUAGGCUACUGAAAGCUACUGCUUCUAAUCUUCCUAUUUUAUUAAUAUUAUAUUCAAAUUGGACUAAUUAUUAUGACUCUAUAACUUACUUUGAUAAUAGUCAGUUAUAGACCUAAACUUUAUAUACUUUUAUAAGUAGUGUUAGGCCUACUAUUUAAUCUAUAAUUAAUAAUAUAACUAAUAUAGAAAAUACUAAUAAUGGUUACUUAUUAAUUAAAUUUCUUAUACCAUAGAAUGAUAGACCAAGCCUGCACAACUCAAAAUGUAAGGUGGGUGGUAAUACUUUAUGAAACACUUGUGCAGGCUGCAAUACUUUAUGAAAAAAUUGUGCGGACCCAAAGAUAAUAGGACAGGGGCAAAAGCUAUUAAGAAAAUAAUAAAGAAUAUUUCGUUACUUUGCGGGCCGCCAAGUGGGUGCAGGCCUGCCAUAGACAAUAGUAGGCCCCACUAAGACAUGGUUAAAACACAUUAGCCCAGGAAAGAACUAUGAAGAAGCUUAAAUAAAAAUAAUAAUUUUAAAUUGGACUAAGUCCACUGAUCAAUCUAAAUUAUUAAUAUGAGUAGUUAAAUAAAGCAUUAUGAUCAUAUAGAGUUAAUUUAAAACCUAAGUCCUAGUAUUCUAGGAUGCCUCUACACUUAAGUUGUAAAGUACAGACUUAAUCAACCAUUUAUGAUUUUAAACAUAAAAUGAUUUUAUUGCCUCAGCUUUUUGACGUUAUUGUUUAAAUGUUAAAGUUGAUUUGUUUAUUAAUUUUCUUAACUAUUAUCAUCUCAAAUUAAACACAGGUCAUUUGAUGAGUAAUUUUGUUAAUUUAAUGUUUAAACUUCUGUCUGGACACACUGACAUCACAUUCACCCAAAGGGUGAUUGUUUUUUCCAUUGCUUUUAUUUUUUUGGUAAGAGUAAAAGUGCCCGAACACACAGUUGUUUCAAUUAUAAAAAAAUAUACUAAGUUAAAUUCUGCCGAAAAUAGGUGCUGGAAUUCUUUCCAGCGCAUUCUAUGAAGGAGCACUGGUUUUGUCCACCCUUAAUACACAUGAAGUAAAGUUAAUAUUGGUUGCUUCUAUCAAGAAUUUCCCCAUUGAUAACAUUCUCUUCAUGGGGCAGAGCUUUAUGUCCAUAAAAAAAACAUUUCGGUAAAAUAAUAUAAUAUACAAAGUAUCAUUACCUAAGCCCUCAUUAAUAACCAGUGAGAUAGAAUGACCAUUAACUUUGUCAUAAAGUUGAUCUAGAUCUAUUAUAAUUAUGCACAUAAUUAUCAUGCACACCUGAAAUUUCAUUGCACCCCCACCUUUGAGAAAUAUUUGUUAGCUAAAUUAGGCAAUCACCCAACAACAAACUUGAGUUACGGUACACAUUUAAGUUAAGAUAAAUCCUUAGUUUUACUGCUGGCAUGUAGUUUGCUGAAGUAAAAAGUUUCAACCUAUUUUGUGAUUUUUAUUUUUUAAAGACCAAAGUAAAGUUUCUAUAAAGUGAAAUGCUAAAAAUUGUUGUCAACAGAAGCUUCAUAAAUUAGCAAAGGAAAUAUGAUGUAAUGAAUAUGUCAAUAAGCUGGAGAUGAACCAUACAUGCAGAUUGGAAAUACAUUUGUGAUUAAGUUUAAGUGUUAUUCAUAUUCAACAGUAGCUGACUCACCCUGAGUAGUUGUGAUUGUAGAUUAUUGAACUUUGAUAUUUCUAAAGCCUGUGACAUUUUUUAAGAAAAUUUAAAUCUUGGAGCCUCAACGCAGUAUGGCGGCUCAUCUUAAAAUAGCUCCAUCCAGACCACCGCCUCCUAGGGUCACACCAAGAGCUUCAAACAGAACCAUGAGAUCUGUGUCACCGCCCUCAACACUCUUUGAACCCAGCAUUCUCAGCUACAAAGACUUAUUGAAAGUCCACGAUACAGCAUAUCGCUACAUCGCUGCUGGUCUUCAGAAAGAUGAAACCAACCAGGUCAACCAAGCUAUUGAAAGCUACGCCCUGGGACUGGAACUGUUAAACAAGGCUCUAAGGACAAAUGUUGAGACAUUAUCAAGGAGUUCAAGGGAACAGAUAGAUAAGGCAAAGGAUAUACAGAUGAAAAUGAAUAAAACCAAACAGGAAAUUACAUUUAGAUUGCAGACCCUGCAACAAAAUGCAGUGCCUGCCUAUACACACAGUCAUCAGGUAACUGAUAAUUUGAGAACCAGGUUAUCUAAUGUAAUAACAAUUUUUUUUUCCUUAAACUCAGUCUAAUGAAUGAAUACAAAAGGUAUCAAAUUAUUUAUUCAUAUUUAAAUGUAUGAAUCAUGAUUGUGGGUGACAUGUUAAACAUACUAUUAUUUAAAACUAUUGUGAACCACAAGUGUAGAAAGCACACAUGCCAAAAAAAUCAUCCACUUUAAUGAGUCACAGAUUUUCGGAAACAAUAUCAUUAAAAACUGUUGAAUAAGGUAACUUAUUUUUUUAAUGUGCUGGUUUUUAUACCCUAUUGCAUCUCUUUAUUUUCCUCAAGAUCCUAAUGGCGUCUGGUGCGCCACCAUCAUAUGAGGAAGCAUUGAGUGAAAACAAUAAUCCGCCAUCCUAUGAAGAUAAUGAACUGGCAGCAUUAGGGGAGAGCUUGAUGCGGCGAGAGCUAAGCACCACCCGUCUUUCUAACGCCAUUAGUCUGUACCAUAUACCAGAUGGUGUCCAGCUGUUUUAUAUUUCUCCAGAGGGAUUUGUUAGUGCCCCGUCUUAUCCAACGGCACUGCAUAUUCUAAGGCUUGAAGAUGUUCCUCACACUCAGGGACCUAAUGGAGAGAGUGCACCAUGUUUUAUGCAUGUGAGACAUUUAGUAUUGUUUUGUUUAAAAGAUUUAAACAUUUGUAAUUUGCAAGCAUAUAUGAUGAAACCUUAAAAAAAAAAUUAGAACUCGUGUAAACAACAGUUUUUUUUAAAGAUCAGUUUUCAUUAAAUUCUGAAUCUAUACUUAUUUGAUAAUAAAUAUUUUACCAAAUUAAAAAAUAUGCUAUCAAAUAAUAAUAAUAAAUGUGAACCUUGGUGUCAUCAGAAAAUGUUUGCUUUGUCAUAAAGAGUUUUCUUCAAAUUUAUCAUUUUAUUUAAUUUUUUUUUGUCUCUAAGAGAGAGGCAAUCGGCAUAGUUUUUCAUUAUUUUUUCAAACAUUUUUUAUUGUAUUUUUUUUUUUUACCUUCCAUCAUGAUCAGCCUCAUCUUGCCUGUAUACAGGUAGGUGAUUGGAUGUAUCCUUUCAUACCAGGGACAUCACCCGCUUUCCACACUAGUUAUGGUGCCUAUAUUUUUCCAGAUACCAUGGCUGCAUCAGGUUAGUAGUAGUUAUUGCGCUGCCUUUUUUUUUGUUCUAAAAUUUAUAAUUUUAUUUAAUUUUUUUUUGUCUCUAAGAGAGAGGAAAUCGGCAUAUUUUUUCAUUAUUUUUUCAAACAUUUUUUAUUGUAUUUUUUUUUUUUUACCUUCCAUCAUGAUCAGCCUCAUCUUGCCUGUAUACAGGUAGGUGAUUGGAUGUAUCCUUUAAUACCAGGGACAUCACCAGCUUUACACACUAGUUAUGGUGCCUAUAUUUUUCCAGAUACCAUGGCUGCAUCAGGUUAGUAGUAGUUAUUGAGCUGCCUUUUUUUUUGUUCUAAAUGGUUAUGGUUGAGAAGAUUAACUUAUCUUUUAAACAGAAAUAUGCUAGCUGGUCAGUUUAAAUGUGAAUGAAUUUUAAAAUUAGCCAAGUCUCACAAUUGGACAAUUGCAAAAAGUUGUGACCUUUUCUGAUCUUACAAUAAAGGCUGUGUUUACUCCCUGUCUGUAUCUAAGCAUCCUAAUUUUGAAAUAUUGCAUGCAAUCUUAAUUUAGGUUCAGCUGUUGGCCUGUUGCUGCCAGACAAUUUACCAGCUGAAGAGAGCAGGAAAUUUGAAGACCUUCUUAGGUCUUUAACCAUGCUUGAAGAGCAGACACCUGAACAGUUGACUGAUCAGGUACUUAGUAUAGACGUUUACCAUGGUUUUUGUUGGUGAAUAGCCUUUCAAUGGCUUCGGACAUAUUUUGUGUAUUAAAUGUGUCAAAACAUAGAUUCUUUUAAAAAAAUUUAAUCUUUAUAAGAAUAAACACCAUUAUUUUAUAAAGAUUAAUUUAAACCAAUGUUUGCAUUUUUGCCAUUAGAAAUACAUAGAGCAGUAAGACUACAAGAACUGGUACAUAGAAUACCUUGACCACGAGACUUGGGGCAUAGAAUAGCAUAUAACCUAUAAAUACUACACAUAAAUACCUACACAUAAACUCCUACAUCUAAAUGCACAUAAAAACCUGCUUUCUGUUUUAUGGUGCCCCAUAUGAAUACUUACACAUAUAAAUAUCAAACGCCUUCUUUAUGAUUUAUUGCACCCUAUGAAAUUUUAAUUUCCUGUCUGCUGUUUACUUCCUUAGAUGCACGAUAUGGCCCCAGAUGAUGCAGCAGAUGUAGUUUCUAAAGGCAUCCUCAAUGGUUAGUUUCAAUAAGUCUCUUCAUCAACUUUCAGGAAUUUCUAUGUUCCAAAAAUUUCUUUGGUUACAUAUUUUUUUUUAAAGAUUUUUUUAAAAAAUCCUUCACUUGGUAUUCUAAUGAGUGUAUAAAUUAAACGGAGAAAGUAACAUUUAAAAAACUGGUAAUGGUAAUUAUUCAUUUUAUUUUUAAUAAUAUCGUCACAUUUCUUUUUUUUUUUACACUUCUUGAAUUGUAAUCUAGUAAAAUAAUUAAUUUCAGCUGCUAACUUUCUGGCAUGGGGAAUGGAGAAAGGAGCUGAGAAAGCCUCUCAUCUAUUAAAAAUGGGUUCUGAAAAAAUCAGAGAGAACACAAUCAAGUGCACACAAUCUCACACAAUAGAUCCUAAUAUACAAAAAGGAUUCUACUACGCCAGGCAAGCUACUGAGGGGGCUGUAAAAGUCACAGGCUACAUAGGUUUGUGUGCUUCUGUGUGUGUGUGCUGCCUUUGCGGUAAAGUUGUGGUAAAGAUUUAUCGAGCAAAGUUAGUUCAAAGAUAAUAACACAUAAUUUGCUUUAAAUCUCACCAGUUAAUGUCGGCAGCCCUCAUAAGUGUGUUUUUGAGAUGUAAUAUUACUUUAGGAAUACUGGCCGCUGACUCCCAAUAUAUUCCACUGGAUUCUUCCUCAGACUUAAAUUUUUUGGUUGUGCGUCAGGAUAUAUCAGCAUUGAAUUACAAACUGAUAAAUAAUAUAAUUUUAGCCUCAAGGCAAUGGGUGGGGUCUGUUGUGUUUUUAUAUUACAAUUACAGCUGAGAAUUCAUUAUUGUGGGGGGAUAUUUUAUAAAAUCUGAAAGUGAACUGCAGAAAUCAAUAAACCAGACCUGUUUACUCUUACGAUUUUGGAGUACAAUGUAUGAUUUUGAGGUGUAUACAUUAUAUAUACUGUAUGUUUAUUUUUUGCUGUUAAGAUAAUGCAUUGAACAAUUUUGUGAUGAUAUUGUAUGAUUUUAAGAGUUUGAGGCUAAACAGCUGUGAUAAACUGAAACCAUUUUUUUCUUAUUAUUAUUUUAUCCAUUUUUAAAGUCAACAAGCUCGGGGAGGCCACUGUACAUUUAGCGAAGGAGUUAGCCCCUCAUAUUCGCAAACAAGGUGCUAAAAUACUGCCUAAAUCUUUAACAAGUGAUGGCCAAGAAGGUCGCUCUACCCUAGAUGGUGCUAUACAUAUAGCUGCAACCAGCAUGAAAGGUGUGUACGUUUUUAAAAUCAUUCACUUAAAUUUAAAUAACAUCCACAUUUUUUAAAAUUUUUAUUCCAUGCUUGUGCUGAUAAAGUUAUUUAAUAUUUUCUCUGACAUUGCUGAUUUAUCUGAACUGAGAUUCUGAUUCUGAUAGGCUAUGUUGCUGCAACCAAGAACUAGCUUAGGUGCAACGGUUUAGGAAACGAUGUGGCUAUCCUAACCGCUCCUAGCCGGUACCAGGGCAGCCUUGAAACUCUUGAUUUGACUCGAUUCAGCGGCGGCAUUGUUCAAGUGGUUCCAAGCAAUUAUUGUUUGUGGGGAGAAUGAUUGUUUAUUUUGAACUGUGUUACACUGAGGCACAGUGAAGCAUUUACAAUUGUUCUGGAUGUAAUUGCUUACGGGGUUGUCAGAGGUGAAGUCAGUGUUUAUUGAGCGUUUGGCUCUGAGCAAGCCUGAUUAGACUGAUCAUUCUGGGAUUGGAAUAGGAAAUAUCUGCAGAUCUUCUUAAAUUAUAACAUGGAACCUGUAAGAACUUGUUUUAGUUUAAUAUGAUAGUGGAUUGUGACAACAGCUGUCAAAGUUGGUUUGGUGUCAGGAGGAACGCAAAAGUUGGCUUGGUGUCAGGAGGAACGCAAGAGGCCCUUUUAAUGACAUGCCCUUCCAGCUUAACUUUAGCUUGUCUCCCAUGGUCAGUUAUAAUGUUGAGCUUAAUAAUCUGAACAAAUUUUUAACCCAAAAAAUUUAUUUUUAAAUCAACAAAAAAACAAAAACAACAAAAUUUUGUGAGCAAGGCAUUGAGUAAUCUAAUAUACAUUAUUCAUUAUGUUAGCAUGUUGUUAUGUUUCAUGGCCCACUUUCAGGAUUUGGCACGGUCUACACGGGUCUAGAGUCUGCGGCCAGGAGCCUGGGUAGGAGUUUAGUCUCAGAGACUGUUGAGAUAGUCCAUCACAAGUAAGUGUUUUCUUUGACAAGUCGUGAAUGGGGAACUCAUGUGUGGGAUUCAGGAUGUCACCCUUGCAAUGGUUGUAAAUAAAUAAAAAAAAUAAAGCUGCUUUAUUUCUCCAUCAUUUUGAAUGAUCAUGAAAUGAUCAUGAAACACAAUUUGACGGACAUAUGGUUAAAGUCUUACACUUUAAGAAAUGUAUGUUCUUUAAUUGUUUGACCCUUACUGCACAUAUUAGACAGUUUUGAAGAUGUUCUUUCUGUCAGCUAAUUAAACUGUUAAUUGUAAGUAUUACACAAGCUUGAUAUCAGCCGGGGCAAAGGCAUCAAGUCUCUCCCAUCAUUUCUACAUACUAUUCUCUUGUUUUUGUGCUAGUGAAAUUGUUUGUUUUUUAUAAAAAGGUCUUCAAAUGCUUUUCUAACUGUAAUAUCCAUCAGGUUCGGGGAGCAGGCGGCUGGCGUGACCGAGAACACAUUAUAUGCUGCUGGAAACGUGGCCAUGGCUACUCACUAUAUCAACACCCUGGGCGUGAAGGCACUUGCAAAAAGUGCCGCCAGGGAAACUGGGAAAGCUAUGAUAGAAAACUUGUCUCAGAAUCUUCCAAGUGGCAGUGUGCCAGGGGAUGAUGACUAUGAUGAGGAUGGUAGAAGGAAGAAGGAAAAAGAUUCAGAGCUAUAGAUAACAAUAUGACAAAAAAGGAGCCAAUGCAAGAAGUGUGCUUAAGAAACUGGUUUUAGUUUUGGGACUUCCAUACAAAGGUUAUCAAUCAACAACUGUUUUAGUAGAUUACAUCCUCCCAUCACCUGGUCUUUGUAAGCUGAAUGAGAUUACACUUUCCCAUUACCAGGUCACCUUCAAGUGUUUUAACUUGCAGUAAGUAGACAUGCUUGUCAAUCUUAAUUUGUAGAGUUGUUGCCAGAUUGUAGAACAUCCUUAUUUAUUUGUUUAAGAUAGCCGAGAGCAGGUCACCAAAUUUUGGAAAUUUGAUUCAGUGAUUCACAUUUAUUUAUUUAUUUUUUUUUUUUUUUGUUCAGUUUCAGGCAAGAAUUAAACACAUUUUUAUU